AUUGGCUUUGAUGGAAAGAAAGGUAAGGAUUUGAAGCUUUUCAGUUUUGCUUCCAUUUUGGCUGCCACAGAAAACUUCUCCCCUGAAAAUAAACUUGGCCAGGGUGGUUUUGGUCCAGUAUUUAAGGGAAAAUUGCUUGAGGGGCAAGAAAUAGCAGUCAAACGGCUUUCAAGGAGUUCCCUACAAGGACUUGUGGAGUUCAAGAAUGAGCUGAUACUAAUAGCCAAGCUCCAACAUUUGCAUCUUGUUAGACUCUUGGAUUGUUGUGUCAGAGGUGAUGAGAAGAUGUUGAUCAACGAGUACAUGCCCAACAAGAGCUUAGACUUCUUUCUCUUUGAUCCAACAAGAAGAGAGUUGUUGGAUUGGAAAAAACACUACAACGUCAUUGAAGGCAUUGCACAAGGGCUUCUCUAUUUGCAUAGAUAUUCUAGGCUGAGAAUCAUUCACAAAGAUCUCAAGGCAAGUAAUAUCCUGCUUGAUAAAGAUAUGAAUCCCAAAAUUUCAGACUUUGGUAUGGCUAGAAUCUUCUGGCGAAAUGAAUCGGAUGCAAAUACAGACAGGAUUGUUGGAACAUAGAAAGUAAACUUUGGUUACAUGUCACUGGAGUAUGCCAUGGAGGGAAAUUUUUCGGAUAUCUACAGCUUUGGAGUAUUGUUGCUUGAGAUUGUCAGCGGCCGGAGGAACACUGGCUUUUACAGUCCAGAAUGCUCCCUAAACUUGGUGGGAUAUGCUUGGGAACUAUGGAAAGAAGGUAGCGUUACAGAGCUGAUAGAUUCAACAUUAUUAGCCGAUUAUUCUGCUAGACCACAAAUUGUGAGAUGCAUUCGUGUGGGUCUGCUGUGUCUCCAAGACUGCGCAGCAGAUAGGCCAACAAUGGCAGAUGUGCUUCAAAUGAUUUUCAACCAAAGUGUGCCUCUACCUGUUCCAAAGCGAGUGUCGGUUCCCUUUCAGCUUCAAAUGCAUGACUCGAAUUCUUAUGGAACAAACCAGGAAAGUUCUUCAGUACCUACGUCUAUUACAGUAUUCGAACCAGGGUAAAAGUUUGAUCAGCAGCCAAAGGAAUUAAGCGGCAUGGGAAGAAUUAGUUCCCCGUUUGAAAGUGUGCUUAUAUGUUAUACAUUUAUAUAGCCC